AAACGACGCCGUGGAGAUGCGAAACCCUUUCAUUUCGAGGUGGUGAGGAUGCGAGAGGGGCUUUGUGUUUUGUAUUUGUGAACAUUCGAGACUCGCAGUUUGCAGUUUUACAGUAAACACCUUCUACUUCGUUCUCAUUCUCUUCCUACUUGGUCCAAAGAUCCGAUCUAGGGUUUAACUAGGGUUUCUACUCUCUCUCUCUCAAGCCAAGCACAAAUGACUAUGUCCUCACAGACCCCCGAUAUCUUGGGCGACCGUCAGUACGGUCAGGACGUUCGCACCCAAAAUGUGAUGGCCUGUCAAGCUGUUGCAAACAUUGUCAAAUCCUCACUUGGCCCCGUUGGCCUCGACAAGAUGCUUGUGGAUGAUAUUGGUGAUGUGACUAUUACUAAUGAUGGAGCUACUAUACUCAAGAUGCUAGAAGUUGAGCACCCUGCUGCCAAGGUGCUUGUGGAGCUGGCUGAGCUUCAAGAUCGGGAAGUUGGAGAUGGGACGACAUCAGUGGUCAUUGUAGCUGCAGAGUUGCUUAAGAGAGCAAAUGAUCUAGUAAGGAACAAAAUUCACCCAACAUCCAUAAUCAGUGGUUACAGACUUGCUAUGAGGGAAGCUUGCAAGUAUGUUGAGGAAAAAUUAGCUGUGAAGGUUGACAAGCUUGGAAAAGAUUCUCUAGUAAAUUGUGCAAAGACAAGCAUGUCCUCAAAGUUGAUAGGUGGUGACAGUGACUUCUUUGCGAACAUGGUUGUAGAUGCAGUUCAAGCAGUAAAGAUGACCAACGCUCGAGGGGAAGUCAAGUACCCAAUCAAGGGGAUUAAUGUUUUGAAAGCACAUGGGAAAAGUGCUAGAGAUAGCUAUCUCUUGACUGGUUAUGCGCUAAAUACAGGCCGUGCUGCACAAGGAAUGCCACUUAGAGUUGCCCCUGCGAGGAUUGCCUGUCUUGACUUUAAUCUUCAGAAGACAAAAAUGCAAAUGGGUGUCCAAGUUUUAGUUAGUGAUCCCAGGGAGCUUGAAAAAAUUCGCCAAAGAGAAGCUGAUAUGACGAAAGAGCGUAUUGAAAAACUCCUGAAAGCUGGAGCAAAUGUUAUUCUGACUACAAAAGGGAUUGACGACAUGGCACUCAAGUAUUUUGUGGAGGCUGGUGCUAUUGCUGUAAGACGUGUUCAGAAAGAAGAUAUGCGCCAUGUUGCUAAAGCUACCGGUGCAACAAUGGUUUCAACUUUUGCUGAUAUGGAAGGGGAGGAAACAUUCGAUUCUUCACUGCUCGGAUCCGCUGAUGAAGUUGUGGAGGAGCGCAUUUCUGAUGAUGAUGUAAUUUUGAUAAAAGGAACCAAAAAUAAUAGUGCGGUUUCUUUGAUCCUCAGAGGUGCAAAUGAUUAUAUGCUCGAUGAGAUGGAAAGAGCUCUUCAUGAUGCUUUGUCUAUUGUCAAGAGAACCCUAGAGUCAAACUCGGUGGUAGCAGGUGGAGGUGCAGUGGAGUCUGCGCUGUCUGUGUAUUUGGAAUGUUUUGCUACAACAUUAGGAUCGCGUGAGCAGUUGGCAAUUGCAGAGUUUGCUGAAUCUUUGUUAAUUAUACCGAAGGUGCUGGCUGUCAAUGCUGCCAAGGAUUCCACAGACUUAGUUGCAAAACUACGGGCCAAUCACCACAUUGCACAAACCAAGGCACCAACCAAGGCACAGACCAAGGCUGAUCAGAAGGAUUAUUCUAGCAUGGGGUUAGACCUUUUAAAGGGAGAAGUCCGCGACAACUUAAAAGCCGGAGUCAUUGAGCCUGCAAUGAGUAAAGUGAAGAUAAUUCAGUUUGCAACUGAAGCAGCUAUUACAAUUCUCCGAAUUGAUGACAUGAUCAGGCUAGUCAAAGAUGAAAGUCAAAAUGAGGAUUAAGGUGCGCGGAGUAGCAUUUGACAUUGUCCUUUUCUUUUUGUGUUCGAAGUAGAAGGAGCGGGAAGUGAAUCCGUGCCAAACAUGACUUUACGGUUUAUAUUCCUUCCCUGCACCGAAGAGGAUUUGUUGAUGUCUUUUGUUUGGGAAUUUGUAUCAAACUCUUGUUUUAGGUGAAAUGGUUUUCCAAGGUUUGGGUGAGGUGGAAUUUAUUAACCAAUGAUGGUUUCCGGCUAGCACUCGAGCUGGAAAUGUUUUGUAUUGAUUAGUGAGUAGAUGUUUGUAAUGGCCAUUUUGGAAACAUAAAUGUGAAACCUUUUUGUGGUGGCGAAA